CAAUUUUCAAUUUGUGCCUGUUGCGGAGAAGAGAAGUGAGAACCUAUGGUCUAUGAAUAAUAAUAAUUGUGAUUUGUGAAAUGCAGUGUUUUGAAAGAAUUUUGAUUUUAAUUUAAUGUAAACUACUUGAAUAGGUACACGCUGCAACAGCAAACAGUAGUAAAAAGUGUUCAUCUCAUUCUCAAUUGAAAAUCUUUGAUCGCAUUCGCAAUGUUGCGACCACUGUCUUUAUAUUUUGGCCAAAGAAUUUCUGUACACAAACAAACUGUCAGAAACAAAGUCGUCCGACCUGCCUCGAUCCUGAAACAACCGGAAAAAAUAAAGCUUUACAAUAAAGAAAACAAGGAGCUGUUCGGACCUUUGCUGGAGACUAAUAAACAAAAAAAAAGUCGUUUGCGAAAGGAAGCUAAAAAUAGAUCGCAUCAAAACAACUCAACUGCGAAUGAAAGUACGCAAAAGUUUGACGUUGCGAACGAAGAUGUUAAAAGGAAUCUCGUAACUUGCUCUAUUCAUGCGAAAACCGCUGUUGUUACCAGUUUCAAAGCUGUACAAGACAGUAUGUGGCAAAAAACAAGGACUUGUUCAAACUUUGUUGGUGUUCUCUUCAACGGUGUACCAGUAAGAGGCUUGAAGACGUUAGCUGUUCACAAUUCUGCUCGGAGCUUCCCUGCACAGCCUGGUUAUGCAAGUGAAGACAAGAUCCUCCAAAUAAAACAGUAUCAGAAUGAUUUCACUCAACAGUUUCCGUCAGUGACUUUGAUACUGAACAAAACAAUGUCGGAAGAAACAAGGAAAGCAUUGGAUAAGUGGAAGCAGGAUAGGAUAGCUGAAAUGGGAGAAGAGGAAUUUAAUAGAUAUUAUGAAGCACAAUUAGCAGUCGGCACAAAGUUCCACAACACCCUCAAGAACUACUUCACUCAACCUCAAAACCAACUCCGCAUAGAGAAAGAGGUAGAAGGAGUCUGGGUUUCAGUGUCAGAAGUUCUCAAAAGGAUAUCCACACCGAAGGCCAUAGAAUCCAAUGUAGUGCAUCCUGUGUUGAAGUACAGGGGAAUCUUUGACGCUAUUGCUGAUUAUGAAGACAAACCAACCCUAAUUGAAUGGAAGAAAUCUGAUAAACCUCGCAAAGCUAUAUCAGCAACAUACGACAACCCUGUCCAGUUAGCCGCCUACUUCGGAGCGGUGUGCAAUGACCUUAACUACAAGCACCUCAAUGUGCGCGAUGCAUUACUCGUCAUAGCUUACACUGAUGGGACGAAGGCAGAUGUGUUCCACCUAUCUACGGACAAGUUGAGGGUACAUUGGGCGCAAUGGCUGAUUCGACUUGAGGAGUACAUGAUAAAGUAUAGCAAUGAUUCUGAGAAGAUUCUCAAAGGUGGCAAAGGAAAAUUUCGGGAAUCUCUAAGUGGUUCAGAGAUAAUCAAUCAUCUAAUGAAGCUAUCUCGAGAAAUAAAUCAAGAUAUCUCAAUGGCUGGAGUCUCAUCAAACUGAUAAUGAUGUACAGGGCAAUGACAUUAAGGUGGGUUCAGACUAUGUAACAUGACAUUAUGAUGGAUUUUUAACAUCUUUAUUAUGGAAGUUACAAAGUAAAGUAAUGUGUGUAAGUUUUAUAACAUGUUACAUGAUCUGUAUUCACCUUUAGGCUAGUUUUCUUCUCACACAUGAUGUUAUUGAAAAAAUUUCUCCGAAAACUGCUAAGUUCAUUCCGAAAUAUGUUGGUUCUUCAAACACGCCGCAACGGAGCAACAGAUUUAUGUGAUUCUUUUGCAUUGAUAUAGUUAUGGGAUUUGUUCAAAUUCAAAUUCAAAAUAUUUUUAUUCAAUUAGAUUUCAACUAGAUUUUU